AUGGAUUCAUUGACGGUGCACGAGUUGCUCAAUUAUAAAGCCGGCACCAAUGCUACACUUACCGGAUGUAGUCUGAUAGGUACUUUAUCUAUUGUCAGCUACGAUGCCGAUGAUGAAAAGGGCACCAUUCUUUUGACAGAUAUUACCACACACACUUACUUUCCUUGUCAUGUCGAUCGAUUCUAUCCCAAACUCGAUCAAGCCAUGGUCAGUAUUCAACAAUGGAAUUUUAUAUGUCAAGACGACUUGCAAUGGAUCGAGUUUCGGUUGGUUCAUGUCUUUCCUGUGGCUAAUCCCACUCAAUCUGUUCUUGAAGAAUGUCUCUUUAUCGAUGAAUUAGCAUACCAGAUCACACAGAGCAGAGACACUGUAUUUUAUUCACCUCAACCACACAUGGGAUCAGUACCAAACCAUGUUGGCAUGGCGGCUUCUGUUAGCCCAUUAUUGACGUUGCCCAAUACACCAGCUCAAUUCUUAGUGGAAGUAAGCCAUGAUCAUGUCUCUACCUACAUCAUGUUUGAAGGUGAUGCGUGUAUCAAAUACUACCCCAUGUUUCGUAUAGGCUGCAACUAUAUGUUUCAACGCUUGAAUGCUAUGCAUCUGCGCCAUGCUCACAUCAAAUGCACUGUCCUUUGCUUUAGAGAGGGACAAUCCUUAUGCCAUACCAUCACACCCCAUCAAUUAGACCAAAUCCAAUGUACAGAUCAGAUACCCUUAGAAGAAGAAUCCUAUCCCCUGUGUCUACCCACAAUCAACCAGAUGUCUACCUUUACAGGCCAUAUUACACGCGUCAUUGAUCCUUUGUUUGGCAUGUACGAAUUUGACCAUCAACUCUUACUCUGUCUAUUUCACCAUGUGGGCUAUUCUCCUCUACGUCCCUUACGCGUCAAUACAGAGAUUCGAUUACAUCAUGUUCAUAUGGCUACUGUUCAACUUAACAGUGAUGGCACAAGUCAUUUGCUAGACACCUUAUGGCAUGUACCACGCACUCAUGCUGAUCUAUGUCAUGUCAGAGCACUUGUAGGCUGUGUCAAGACACAAAUAGACAUCCUGUCUUUUCCAGACCAUUGUGAUUUUGUACAGACGAGCGUACCCUUUUUUGAACAAACCAUGGAUUCAGAAUUAAAGCAGUAUGUCUAUAUGGAUUGUUUGCGUCAACAGUCUGAUUUUAGCAUGUUGAUGCGACACUUGGAGAUCUAUGCAGCCCUUGUUGUCAAAUUCAAGCAAGACGAUAUACACGCAUGUAAAAAAGCGUAUGAUGCCUUAUCCACACAUCCUACACACCAUCUCAAGCAUCAUUUUAUUUGGCAUCAUCAGUCUUGUCCUGCUGUUGGAAAGACAACACAGCCGUUGCAUGUGGUUAUGGGCACAUACCCUUCGUUAGGAUCCAUUCAAGCCAUGUUAGCAGCGCGUCUUCAAGAACACCGUGUGUGUCUCUCAGGUGAAAGUAACCGGUUUGAAACAGGUCAUGUAUAUACCCGUGUGGCCAGUGAUGAUCUCACACCACACGGUCUAUUGGGCAAAGUAGACAUGAUGAACGAUGGUCGUCUGUAUCUUAUGGAGGGUGAAACACGUUUACUCUUGUUAGCUCCCCGUGUGCAUCUCAAGCCAGGUGGUAUCUAUCUAUUGAAACAGAUGCAACUCUUUGAAGAAGACUUGUCUUAUUUAGAACUUAGUAUGACAAGACAAUCCCUGAAGCAAUCCUAUCUUGUGUGUGAAGAUGUAGUCCUCUUGGGGUAUGAUAGUCCCCUUGUGUUUCAAACAUCCAGAACCUCGGUUCGUCCAGUGGCUUAUUACCGUCUUUCUAAAAGACUAAAACAAGGACCUUGCUUUGUGUUGGAUGUGGUAAACACGUUUCCUAUUCAGACAUGCUUUGAUGCUGAAAGCUGCUUAUAUCUUGAAGGUCGUGUUGUUGUCCGUCUGUAUGAUAUCCAAGGCUCAAGUAAAGGCAUUCCUACUCAAGAACUCAAGGAAUGUAUCUUCAUUCUUGACUCUCGCCAUCAGAGUCUCAAACUGCAUGCUAUGCUCCAAACAGGUACUCAGUGGGUGAUUCAUGGUCUCACAUUAGACGCUUCUUUACCCGAUACCGGCACAAAGCGUCGGAUGACAUUUGUCCUUGGUCCUACACAUACUUUAUACCCUGUCCUAGACAAAGAUACGCCUGAUGCUCUCCAGUUAGAACCUGUCUAUCAAGAUUCAUCUGUGGCAUCUUCAGAGAUGAUCUACAGUGUAUCCCAGCUUCUUGAACUUCAGCAGCCUACGCUCACCUAUCAAUUCUUUGAACAUUUGAUCCAUGUCCAAGGCAUUGUGAUUUCUAAACGUAUGUUGGAUGGAUUUGACAACACAAGUUCACAUCAUGCCAAACAACUCUAUCAAGACCUAGGCAUAGGUACAGGCAAACCGAACCGUCGACUCUAUCUUCAGUUACGCCAACCAGACACACUGGAUGUGAUUGACAUCUAUUUGGACACACAUCAGAUUCAUUAUCCUCUAGGGCUUAUCGUAGGUGCUCAUGUUGUGUUUCGUAACCUGGUCCGUAAACACAAACGAGGCCAAACAUCCUCUUUUUUUUGUUUAGCGAAUGAUGUGACCAGUAUCCAAGUGCUCAAGACACGACCUGAUCCUGCUGUGCUUGGACUGCAGCCCACACGUAUUCCUACACGUCUUUUGCAUUCGUUUAUCGAUACGGAUCUAGGUGAUGCUGUUGAGCCUGAAGUAUCGAUCGUCAAGAUCCUUUGUCAUGUGGUGUCUGUUAUUUCUCUUGUGUUUCAAUGGGAAUGCAGUGAUUGUGGUUCGAUGGUGCGUCAUCAAGAUUGUUAUCGCAUGUGUCAAGAUGCCCAUCGUGUCUUUGUGGCGACUGCUUUUGUUCAAAUAAGUGAUGGUACGGCUACUGCAAAUGCGACGAUAGAAGGUGAACGACUGGUCUUUCGAUUACUGCAACUGUCUACCAAACAAAUUGAUGCUCUCAAGUGUGCCGUGCUCAACUAUGGUAUGUUUCAUUACAAUGGAUGGGGCGGUAGUCGUGUCACUACGAUGGAUGAGAGUAUAGACCAUCAAGCCAUGUAUGGUUUUACGAUCCAAGAUCUUGUGUAUGCUGCUAAAAAAGCAGGACAGUUUUGGUGCUAUGGUAUUCAACAAAAGCAAGGAUCCAAAAAGACCAUCUCACUUGAUCAAGACUUGAUCGAGCGCUAUGGACUUAGAAGAGUGGCUUUAUCUGAUCAUGGAGGUCUUCUAAAGACACUUGAAUUACCCAAACUUAAAUUCCAAUUAUUGGAUAUUGAAUUAGCAGACACAAGAUCGAUUGCUUAUGAUUUACUCAAAUAA